CUCUCUCCCUUCUUUUCUCUCUCUCUCUUCAAGGUUUUUUCGCAGACGUGUGGGAUAGGAGCCAUUCAAGUUUCUUUUCUGGGGAAAAAUUUCAGUUCGCUGAUUCCUUGGAAUUCAUGUCGGAAAAGGGUCAACCACUGCCAAAGUUCGGUGAAUGGGAUGUCAAUGACCCCGCUUCUGCUGAGGGAUUUACUGUGAUCUUCAACAAGGCUAGAGAUGAGAAAAAGACCGGUGGCAAACCUGAAUCUCCAGGAAAGGCUGAUGCUCAGACUAAGCAUACAGUUGAUCCUGGCAAGCCACCAACUAAGAAAUGGUUUUGCUGCAUCCAGAGCUCACCUGCAGAAUCUUGAUGAGGAACUCCUUCUGUAAAAGCUUCGGGAACAGAUGAGUCUAUCUCUUACUAGCCCCGCAGUUUGUCAAGGAGAUCGGAAAGUGUUGGGCGCUGAUGUGUCUUGCUGGGAUUGUUGUUUGUUCUGUGAACCCCCCCACGGUUUGUGGGGAUUGAUUACGAUUAAAUGGAGACAUCCUCGUGCUCUGCUGUAAUCAAGUCUGCUAUUUUGCUGGUUAUCUUUAGGAGAUGAGUUAUUAUUUCUUUCCCCUCUCCCCUCUCCCCUCUCCCCUCUCUCUGCCUCCUCUUAUGUUCUGGGGUCUAUAGCAUUUUGUGGUUACAUUUGUUUUCUUCUCAUUGUACGGGUUGAAGUGGUUUUUGCUUGUGAAAUAAGAAAUUCUUUUUUGCCUUUGCCUU